AUGCAGACUAUGAAUAAUAAAUUAACAGUUUAACUAAGUCGAUGUGUAAUCGGUACUUCGUCAAGCGGACCACAACAUUGUUGUCGUGCACUUUAGUAACUAAAAUCAACGGCGCAUGCAUUUCCAUCAACGCACAUUGAAUGUACGGACAUUUAGAGCUUAAAAUGUCUUCCAGCUCGAAGUAUUCCGAGUGGCGAGGCGGCAGCUCACGUUCAGCUCAACCUGAGAUCGACUUCACGUCUCCCGGUUUGGCGGUGAUGGAGGUUGAGCGUCUUUUGUUCUCGGGGAAAGCGAUCAACAGCGCCGCAGAUGAAGUCUGGCCCAAACUUUACAUCGGCGACAUGAAUAUAGCUGAAAAUCUCGCAGAACUGCGAAAGCAUCACUUCACCCAUAUCCUGAACUGUGCUCAAAGCUCCAGACGUGGCGGUGAGAUCUAUGAUGGCAUGGGCAUCACAUACAUGGGCAUAGAAGCCGAAGAUCAACCCUCGUUUGACAUGAGCGCCCAUUUUAAAACUGCAGUCGAGUUUAUACAUACAGCACUAAAGGGAGGAGGGAAAAUCCUGGUUCACUGUCACGUUGGAGUGAGUCGAUCAGCUACAAUAGUUUUGGCUUAUCUGAUGCUCAAGCACAACAUGACUCUGGUGGAUUCGAUCAACACGGUAAAAGAGGGAAGAGGCGUUAUACCCAACAGAGGCUUCCUCAGACAACUUAUUGAUCUUCACAUCAAGUUGUAUGGCUAUAGAAACAAAUAGAACUAAAGCCAAUCACUAAACUGAAAAUUUAGUUUAUGCAGUAAAGUCCAAGAGAUUUGAAUGAACAAACAGAGCAGUUGUUUACAUGUUCCUUUUUUG